UAGUCGCCCACGCCUCCCGGGGUCCCGGGGACGCGCUGCGGCGGAGGAACAGCUCGGUGCGCGCCGCACGCCUGCGACGCCAGUCCCGGGGGCAAGAGCAUCAGUUUCAAUCUGGGAAGCCUUUAAAUGAAACUUGCUUAAAGUCUUAGAUCCUACACAGAGAGACCUCAACCAACAUUAAGGUGGAAAAGAGUGAUGUUGUCCUUGACAAACCUGCAGAAUAUCAUCUAUAACCCGGUAAUCCCCUAUGUUGGAACCAUUCCUGGGCAGUUGGAGCCUGGAACUUUGAUUGUAAUACGUGGGCAUGUUCCCUGUGAUUCGGACAGGUUCCAGGUCGAUCUGCAGUGCGGGAGCAGCGUGAAGCCGCGUGCUGAUGUGGCCUUUCAUUUCAAUCCGCGCUUCAAGUGGUCUGACUGCAUCGUGUGCAAUACUCUGAAAAAUGAAAAAUGGGGAUGGGAAGAGAUCACCUACGAUGUGCCUUUCAAAAAAGAAAAAUCUUUUGAAAUUGUGAUUAUGGUGUUGAAAGAUAAAUUCCAGGUGGCUGUAAAUGGGAAACACAUACUGCUCUAUGCCCACAGGAUUAGCCCAGGGAAAGUAGACACUCUGGGCAUUUAUGGCAAAGUGAAUAUCCACUCAGUUGGUUAUAGCUUCAGCUCGGAUUUCAGAAGUACCCAAGCAUCUACUCUGGAACUGACAGAGAUAAGUAAAGAAAAUGUACUGAAGUCCGACACGCCACAUUAUCCUAGUAAUAGAGGAGACAUUUCUAAAAUCGUACCCAGAACUGUCUACACCAAGAGCAAAGGUUCGACUGCCCAUCACACUUUGACUUGCGCCAAAAUACUACCUACCAGCUGUUUGUCAAAGACUCUGCCGUUUACUGCGAGGCUGAACUCCUCAAUGGGCCCUGGACGAACCGUUUUCAUUAAAGGAGAAGUGAAUAAAACUGCCAAAGGCUUUAAUGUUAACCUCGUAUCGGGAAAAUCAAAGGAUAUUGCUCUUCACUUGAACCCACGCCUCAAUAUUAAAGCAUUUGUAAGAAACUCUUUUCUUCACGAGGCCUGGGGAGAAGAAGAGAGAAAUAUUACCUGUUUCCCAUUUAGUCCUGGGAUGUACUUUGAGAUGAUAAUUUAUUGCGACGCUAGAGAAUUCAAGGUUGCAGUAAAUGGUGUACACAGCCUGGAGUACAAACACAGAUUUAAAGAGCUUAGCGAUAUCGACACACUGGAAAUUGAUGGAGAUAUUCACUUACUGGAAGUAAGGAGCUGGUAGCUGAUAUGCUUGCUACAAAAACUGAAAUACAAAAUGACUUAUGUAACACUGGCCUUGUUAAAAUGCAUCUGUUAUAUUUGUAUAUAUAUAUAUAUAUAUAUAUAUAUAUAUAUAUUAAGAUGAGCUUGUAUAAGUCCUACUAGGCGUUCUCAGUCCUUGCCAGACAGUGUGGCUUUGUCUAGCACAGAAUAAGGAAAUUUGAGGCAACAGCAACGUACAGUCAUUAUUCAGGUCUUUCUAUUCUCUCUCCCACCCUGGCCGCCUCUUUUUUAAAUCUUCACAUUCAAUAAGUAUCUGUUGGUACAGAAGCUGAUAUACAGGGAGUACUUAUUUUCUGUCAGCACUGUGUGGGGCCAUAAGUAUACAGUGGAGUGCAAUAUUCCCUGUUCUCAAGCUCAGAAUCUUCUGUGCUCUGACAUCAUGCCACUGCUUUUCCCACAGGCAUUAGUCACAUAAAGUAACCAGAGAUAAUUACUCAGCUGUGAAGUCACCUACAUAAACUAACUUCUGAAACACUACUUCUCCAGCGAUCACUUUCAUACCUAAAGUUCAAUCACAUCCCAUAAUGGAAAGGACUGAUGUUGCCUUCCAUCUCGCAGUUUCCUUUGGCAUGAUAAAUACCUAGCUUUACUAGCUGUAAGCAUUGCCAAAUAAUUUAACACUACAAAAUCUGAACACGGCACAAAGAUUAAGGCAAAAAAUGCAGCAAAACAAAACCAGUCAUAUUAAAAUUAACUUGAUGUCAGUCUCAAGGCCAGUGAUGUCUCUGUCAGUAAAUGCUUAGUGUACCUGAAUUCAGGAUGAGUCCGAGGUCUGCACAUACCCCAACAGAAAAUUUAAGGCACAGGACUUUAGCCAUUGGGGCAGAGAGGGGGUGUAACAACCUGUUGCUUGUCCCUAUGCAAACGAACCCUGCCUUUCUGCUCCUCUAAAGGUUAGUCCCUCAUCAUUAGCGACAGAGAUCAAAACACUGUUCCACUGUAAGUGAUUAAAAUCAGACUUGUAUCAGCAGGUUAAAUUAUUGCAUUUCUAUAAUUUUUUCUAUUCUUUGAAGUGAGUUGGCAGAAGUUCUUUUACAAUUCUUACAGGUCAGAUCUUGUUACAGGAAAUUUCAAAGGCUUGGGAGUAAGGAGGUAAAAAAGCUGAAUCAGUUUGAUCAUUUUAUCAUGUUAAGUUCCUGGGCUGAAUAUGCUGCCAGCAUUUAGAAAUAUUUUCGUUACAGGUUUUGGUUAGAAAUUAUUUGUACCCAUAUACCAAAAAGACUAAAACUAGCAAUCUGAUUUUUUUUUUUUAGAGGUACUCAGGGUAGAAGUUUCUGACACUUAAUUCUUUUCUAUUCAUGUUAAUUAAUUAUGUUGCCUCUUAAACUUUCACUGCAAAAGUUGUAGAAGGAAUCCCCCAGGGUUUUGUUUUUUUUUCCCCCUUUAAAAAGAACAUCAGAGGGCAUGAUUAAGACAUGCAGACUAUAGGCCAUUCAGAGAAAAAUAAAAGUCCACAUAUAUUGUUUUCGCUAAUACCUAACCAUA